UCACACUUUUGUUAAUCGCUGGACGAUCAAUGAAACACAUGGUGGUCUUAUCGGUGCCUUGGCUAUACAAAGCGCUGAUCUCAUAUCGACACCCUUUAUACCGACCGCACCACGCAUGGAAUUCUUCACCAUAAUUGCUGAGACGUCUUCAUUUCGUUCAAUCUGUCUCUUUCGUACACCACGUAAUUCCGGCAUACAGGGUGAUGUUUUCUUGAAACCGUUCAACACCACUGUCUGGUCACUCUUUGGUGUGCUUCUACUUUUAACGGCUGUUGUGCUCUGGAGCAUCUUCAGAUUAGAGCGUUAUCGCAUGUACAAGCGUUAUAUCGAUUAUAUGCCAUCGCUGUUGGCUACUUUUCUCAUUUCCUUUGGUUCCGCGUGCAGUCAGGGUAGCGAUAUGGUACCGGGGUCCAUUGGUGGCCGUAUGGUGUUCUACACAUUAUAUCUCUUAACUUUUCUAAUGUACAACUAUUAUACGUCUAUUGUGGUUUCAUCGCUGCUUGGCUCGCCUGUGAAAUCUGAUAUCAAGACAAUGGGUCAGCUAGCGGAUAGUUCGCUAGAAGUUGGACUGGAGCCCUUGCCAUUCACGCUGACCUAUUUGAAUAACUCUCUCCUACCGGAAGUGCGUCGCUUCAAGCACAAAAUUGACUCCGUACCCAAUCCGCAAGCAAUUUGGAUGCCCUUGGAAAAGGGCAUACUGCGUGUGCGCGAUCAACCGGGUUUCGUUUUUGGCUUCGAAGCCUCCACUGGCUUUCUGCUCGUCAAACGUUACUAUAAACCUUAUGAGAUAUGCGAUCUGAAUGAAGUACUCUUUCGUCCUGAGAAAAGUCUCUACAGCGCAGUACAUAAGAAUUACAGCUACAAGGAGAUAACCAAGCAGAAAGUCAUACGCAUUUUGGAGACAGGCGUCAAUUUGAAGUUACAUCGUUAUUGGGUGCAGACCACAUUGGAGUGUUUUGAUAGCAAUUUCAUCGUGGAAGUUGGCAUGGAGUACAUGGCGCCACUAUUUAUGCUACUGGCUUGUACAUAUGUGCUGGUGCUCAUGAUAUUAUUAUGCGAAAUUUUGCAUAAGAAAUAUUGGACUGAGCGAAAAAUGCGUUUGGAGAAUAUUUUAUUUGGCCAAAAUUGGCAUAAUGACCGCGGCAGGAAACUAUUGUUAUUGAAUCAACGUUGCUUUGCACAUCAAAAAAAAAUAUUCGCAACAAUGGAGCUAAUGCUCUUAAAUUUUAUUCUACAUCAUUUUCUAAGCGCCAAUAUUAAUUCGAUUGUAGUGUUGAAUUGUUGGAGUGCACAAACCCAAUGUGAUUUCUCUAAAAUGCUGAACGGGCACUCUCUUUACUCACGUUUUGUCAACAUCGAAUCGAUCGAUAUGUCUGCCGACUUUGAAUAUCGUUACUUACUACAUAAUCGACCUGGAAUGGGUGCCUAUCUAGAUAUGAAUUGUAAAAGUUCGGAGCAAGUGAUGGGCACCCUUAAUCGCAGUCAUCUCUUCAAUGCGCACUACAAUUGGCUACUUUACGAUCGUAUAGCAGAUUUGAACAAUUUUAGACGUCUCUUUGCCGAUGCUAAUCUUGAUGUGGAUGCAGAGCUUACUUACGCGAUCUUGAAGCCAACACGACUCGGCCCAGUUAGCGAAAUAAACAUAACCUCAUUUGUCAAAUACGAUGUCUACAAUAAUGGGUAUAACUUGGGCGGUAAACUAAAUAUGACUGUAGAUCGUGAAGUUGAAUGCAAUGUGACCUCAUGUUAUAUAAAGCGUUAUCUUUCUCAACUACAUACGCGCUCGAAGUAUGGUAAUCGUGAUAAACUACACGAUAUAACAAUGCGUGUAUCUGUAGUGAUCACUCAACUACCAUUGUCUACACCCGUGCCAAUGAUGUUGGAUUUUCUCACUUCUGAGAAUAAUUCAGAUGUUGAUCCCAUAUCGCGUUUUGGUUAUAGAAUUAUGCUGAUUUUUAAAGAUUUGUUCGGUUGCAAAAUGCGUUAUACCUUUCGCUCGCACUGGGGCAUCAAUGAAACCUAUGGCGGUAGUAUAGGCGACUUAAUUUCGUCUGAAGCCGACUUUUUAUCAACUCCUUUUCUCAGCACAGCUGCGCGUGUCAAAUACGUUUCACCACUCCUCGAAACCGGUGGCUUUAGUUCGAUCUGCAUUUUUCGUACGCCGCGUAGUUCCAGCAUGAAAGGAGAGGCAUUCGUGCAACCUUUCGAUGGUUCUGUUUGGCUCGUCUUCGUCAUUUUGUUGAUAGUGGUUGCAAUCUUUUUGUGGUACACUUUCAUAUUGGAGAUGCGUAAUUGCCGCACUUAUUUACCGUAUACACCUUCACUGUUGUCGACCGGUCUAUUGGCUUUCGGCUCAGCUUGUUAUCAGGGUAGUCAUAUUGUACCCUCUUCAGUGGGCGGGCGUUUGGCCUAUUUGUCACUCUACCUCGCCACUUUCAUUGUAUACAACUAUUACACGUCGAUUUUGCUUUCCACACUACUGGGAACACCGCCGAAAUCUGAUAUUAAAACGUUGGGUCAGUUGGCUGACAGUUCACUGACGGUCAGCUUGGAGCCAUUGCCAUACAACUACGUCUAUUUGAAUGCCUCUCAAUUGCCCGAUGUGCGUCGCUUUGUGUCUCGCAAAAUUGAGUCACGUAAGAAUCCACAAAAAGUUUGGAUUCCCGUGAAGGAGGGUGUGCUACGCGUGCGUGAUGAACCUGGCUUCGUUUAUGUGUUGGAGACAUCCUAUGCUUACCCAUUUUUGGAACGAAAUUUCCUACCUCAUCAGAUUUGUGAUUUAAAUGAGGUUAAUUUGCGUCCGGAUAAAAGUCUCUUUACGCAGCUGCACAAGAACUCUUCAUAUAGAGAACUAACCCGUAUACGUGGCAUACGCAUGUUGGAGACUGCCGUUUUUCGUAAACAUCGUCGCUAUUGGGUUAGAAACAAAUUGAAUUGUGUACCCAGUAAUUAUCUAUUUGCAGUGGGCAUGGAAUAUACGGCACCACUCUUUCUAAUGCUAGCUUUCUCCUAUAUCCUAUGCUUAUUAUUGUUGGGUUUGGAAUUACUUAUUAAGCGUUUGUCGUAUGCUCAUGAAAAAACUUCUUUGUUGGCUUUCUGA